AGAUUUUCUCGGGUAGCCGCGGGGAGAGCCUGCCAACGGCACGGCGAGAUGCGGGAAAAAUGCCUUUCCCUUUACUUCACUGAUACCGAGCCUCUCGCAUCGUCGUAGCCGGUUCGUUCACGGCCGCGUUCAAAAUGGUAGUGCCCCCGUAUAUUCCUUUCAAAACAUUUCUUCUUUCCUCUUUUUUCUUGCUGCUCUUGCAGCUGUGCCUGCUCCACACGCAAGCCUCGGCGGUUGCACCACCCGAAGACCAGUGCGACUUCGAUCGCGGCGAUGCUGGGUUCAGACUGCCCGUCGCGGAUGCCGCGUCCCCAUCCACGCUCCACUUGUUGCGCUGUUACGAGGAAAUGGGCCAGAACUUUGACCAUUUACUCGGUGUUUCAGAGCAGGACGAAGAUGGGCGGAGCAGCGGCGAGGACAACUGGGACCAGCAUGUGGAAACGUGUUGUCCGUUUCCGAAACUGUACGAGCUGAGCUUGUGGGUGGAGUCGUCGGUGGAGCACGAACGCGAGAUGCUGAAGAAGCCGUUGCCGCAGAUCAAUACCAAGGGGCACAUGUGCGAGCGGGCCAUCCGGAACAGCUUCGACGUGUUGCUGCACGCCGGGGACGAGUUUCGCAAGCUGAUUCGCGAGGCGUUGCCGCUGAUGGCGGAGCUGGCGCGCGAGCUUUCGUGUCAGCGCUGCGUCCCGGGCUACACCCAGUUUCUGAAGCAGCACAAGCAACGCUCCGGCCUGCCCAUGUUCUUCAAGUUGGUACACUCCAUGGAAAGCGGCCUGCUGAACCUCGCACACACACUGUACAACCCUGCGGAAACCGAGGUGCCCUCAACGGACGGAGACUUCAUCUGCCCCACCUACACCCAGCCGGUUUCGGGCCUCCUACGGAAACUGGACGCCAGCGGGGUCGUGGGCGGCCGGCCGGAUGCGAUCGCCGCGUACCACGAGGGACACGACCAGAUUGCGCGGCUGCACGACACGCAGCUGGCCGCGUACCCCGAGGGGCUGCAACAGGUGCUCGAGGGCUUCGUCACGGCGCUGAGCUACCCGUACUCGGUCGUCACGCAGGAGGUUUUCCUGCGGAACCUGGGCUGGGAAAAGAUGUUGCGGGGACAGAUCGACGAGGACCACCGCAUGUGGGGAAACGUGGUGCACGAGAAGUCGCGGCUCUACGGCAACUGGCGCACGUCCGCGGCGGCUGCGGCGCACCUCGAUCAGUCUGGCUUCCCGGUGGUGUUCAAGGAUCAAGGUAUAAUUGAUGAUGGUCGUGUGCGGCCAGUGGUAGAGCACGACCAGGUGCGCGCCCAGUGUUCGUCCGUUCCAAGCGGAGGUGGAAAAAGCGCUCCGAGAGGCGAAGGAGAUCAGGACGUGGCGGAAGGCCUGUUUGUGCUGAUUUCCAAUCGCACGAGUGACGCUUUGGUGGAUAAGCUCGCGGGAGAAAUGUUCCAAGAAAGCCGCCCGACGCUGAUUUUGGAAGAGGUUGUGGGCGACGGCAUGGAGGCACUGGGCAGGGAUUGCCACGGGACCGCGGAGAGCCGCUUUUGUCUGCGGCCCAUGCACGCAUCAGGCUUGAAAUCCCUACUGCGGGACAAGACGAAUGUGCAAGUGGUGUGGAAGCGGCAUGCAAACUCGUUUCAUCUCGCGGAUGAGGAUAGUUUGUUGAACGCAAAAACGAAAAGAAAGCCCGCUGGGACGGUGCGACAGCAGGUCGUGCAGCAGCUCCUUUUGGAUCGCUUUGCCGCCGAUCCGAGCCAGUCGUUAGAGCAGCACGCGUCUGCGGCCUUGGGGCAUCAGCAGGUGAUUGCAACGCCACUGCUGCGGGGGUACUUCGACCACCAGAUGGGCAGCCGAGGGAAUUUCGUCGAUACGCUGCGAGUAGUAGACUUGCGCGCGCCCGAUUUCCAGCGCCUGGUCGGCGGUUUCGCGGCAGCGCAUGAGGAUCACAACCACGACGAGCAGCAUCCCGGCCAUCACACCGCUUGGGCGGACACGUUUUUGCCAGGAACCGGCGUGAAGUCACCUGCUUUCUGCAAGCCAGGUCUGCCGCUGCCGACGCAGGCGGAACUAGACAGGUAUGCAGAAUGGCAUGCCGAGAACCCGGCGGGUGCGAAGCGCCUCGUGGUGGUCUGCCUGCCCUUCAGCCAAUGCGGUGGCCACGGCGACCGCGUGAACGGACUGCUCACGCUUUUCCUCCUCGCGCUGAUUACCAAGCGGCGGUUCCUGAUCCUCAGCUCCAACCCCGUGGACUGGCAUUCGGUCUUCGCUCCCAACCGCAUCGACUGGCGCACCGAAAUCGGGCAGAUCUCGCUGACUAAUGUGCGCACCUACUUCGACAAGCGAUACGGGUUCCGCGAAGACUUAGACCGCAUUCUAGCGUCCCCGGCACAAACGCUGCUGCUGCGCGUGAACAACCGCAUUGUGAAGUCGCUGUACGGUGAGGGAUGCGAUUUGCAAGCACCCUUUCUCGUGAGCCGAGUGAUGCAGUUUCUGUUCUCCCCGAACAUUUAUUUGGAACAAACCAUUAACGAGACGGCCGAGGAACUGGGGUUGUUCGCACCACAGUAUAAUUCUGGUAGUACUUCUAGCGGAACUACGACGAGCGGCGAGCCGCGGCCGGCGGCUGUCAAGACAAGUACGGACAAUAUGGAGAAUCUGUUAGUUCCCUACAUCAGCAUACACUACCGCACGGGAGACAUCGCGUUCGACCCUCAUCGGCACAACUCGUCCUUGGCCGGUUUUGUGCAGUGCGCGUACCAAAUCGAGCGAGAGCUCGGACUGCCGCCGGAAACUCCUUGGGUGCUGCAUGCAGAUAGCCUCAGACAGGUGCCCGAGUCGUGGUACCUCGCAGCGGCAGAGAAAUACGAAGAUUUCCUGAACGAACAGGAAAAGGAGAAGCAGCAAUUCCUCAUCGACCAGCGCCAGGAGGAAAGGCAAGCAGCGCAAGAAAUUGACGCGAAACUGCUUGCCAAAGACGCGCCGCUUCUGCCACCACGUACUAAUGUUGAAAUUCAAAUUUGGACAAUUGGACUGCACAUGUACGUAUUAUACUAGUUUCACGUACAAGUUAGUAGUCCUUUUUCUGCUUUUCGAUUAGGAAGUGUUGCCUAUGCAGCGAGAGGUCUGAUGUUUACAUAACAAACGCUCACGACAGCACUUGCAAGCAGUCUACCAGCAAAAGGCGUCGGGGCGCACGGUGCCGUUCCUGCAGCAGAAGACUUUGCUCGAAGGAAGCUGCGUGUUCCGAGGGGACUGGGGCGGGUGCACAUUGACCGCUCGGAGUUUCAGCCGGGUGUCAAAGGAUUUCAGAACGCGUUUGCAGAGUGGUAUCUGGUGUCACAAGCCCGUGCGGUUUUACUUUCGCGGAGCUUCUUUGCUGAAACUGCUGCGGAAAUCGGGCGAAUUCGGGAUGCCUACUUCAUCACGGGGUGCGUCAAAAUGGAUUUGUCCAGUAGCUAA